AUGGCUUCAAAGUCUACACUUCGCGCCGAUGCCCCCGAGUUCAGCAUGAUGUUGUGCGGAAAGCAUGUUUCCCCACCGAACAUCCUUGAGCAUUCUGGCUUUCGCCUCGAGUUGCGGAAAGAGCGGUACUUCCGUCCACUUCUGCCGGGUGAGAAGCACGGCGACCGUCUCUGCGACUACUACGGCUUUCCAGAACUGCUUCAGGAGCGCAAGCAAAUCAGUCCCGAGGUCAAGACACCGAAGAAGCCUUUCCCGCUAUUCAAGCUCCCUGCUGAGCUGCGGGUCAAGGUGUACGAGUAUGCGGUGACCUCUGACGAGGCGAUCGAGUUCUGUCCCGAGCCAUACUUCUACAGUGGCCUCGGACCAAAGCACCGUCGAAAGGGUGACUGGUGGGAUGACUUCGAUCAUGCCAAGGCCUAUCACAAGCAAGCUAUGAAGCGGGCCGCCGGUUGUGCCGCCCUACUCCGAGUCAACAAGCAGCUGUGCUCCGAAGCCACGCCUGUGUUCUACGGAGAGAACGAGUUCCGUUUCUCCAACGUCACUGGCUGGAUUGGACUCGACCUAUUCCUCUACAAGAUCGGUCUCGAAAACCACCCACAGUGCCUUCGCGUUCCAACAUCUUUGAAACAAGGACGAGACUUCGACGACGGCUCGCCCUUCCACCGCCUCCCCGACGCCAAUAGGCCUGGCUUCCUCUACGACACACGUUGGUUCGACGAGGAGAUCAGUAUCGAUCCUCUGCUCAUCCUGCAGAAGGCGGGAAAGCUCCAGCACCUGCGCCUCAUCUCACCAGCGAACACCCACAUCACGUUUGACUACAACCCGUUCGAUCUCACGUGCUUCAACGACUUGAAGGUGACCGUGGUGUCGCUCCGCAGUGAGAAGCUCAUGCCGACGAUGGGCAGUGACAUCACGCUUCCUUGGAGUCACAAGGAUGCUGAGGCAGCCAAGAACAUGGCAGAGCAGCAUCUCGAGGAGACGGGCGAGAAGUGGGAGUACUUUGACAAGGUCAUUGACGAGUACGGCCUUUACUAG